AUGCUGGCCUCCUCCAUUGGAGCGCCCGCCCGGGCUGCCCAAGAUGCAACAGCCCGGGCUGUCAAGGGCAGCGGGGACUACGUGGCGCACCACUCCAACAAUUUCAGCGAGGGUGUAAGCGCACUGAUUGAUGCCCAUUACAGUGCCGCCCGUUCCAUCGCGCUGGUCAAAGCGACGGCCGGGGAGCUCUUGCAUCAAGAUCACGGCAGCAAGCUGGAGCAGAUCCAGCUCCUCAAAGACUACUGCAACCGCUUGCUGAAGGCGCUGCCCCAUCCGACGCAAGUCACGCCCGAAGAGUUGACGGACCUCAUUGAGCAGGGUCUCCACGAUUUUCGGACCGCUUGCCACGCCCUAGCCGGGCCUCACGUGACACUGAUUGCAGCCUUCAAGUUCUCCGCCAACGUGCUUGUGCAGACCAAGCGUCUCACCACCUCGGAAACCAAUGCCAUCCUGUCCCGAGCCCUCCACGCCGUCAACGCCAUCAAUCAUGCCUGGCGCUUUGUCCAGUCCUACGCGCUUUUGAUACAGGGUUGCUUGCAGCACUUGCCCGCCACCUCCGCCUGCCGCGCACGAUUGAUCGCAGCCCACGACAAUACCGUCACGGUGAUCCAGCAAGCACAGAGCUUUUCCGAAGGGGCACGCAUGCAAGUGGCCGAGGAAAGCUUUCGCAACAAGCUUCGCAUUCCCAAGGGCAAGGCUUAUCGGCUGGUCACGGCUGAAGGCCUCUUGCAAGCCGGGCCUUGCAUUCGCUCUGAGGUCUGCUUUCGCCACAAGGGCAAGCCCAUCAACAAAGUGCCCAAGGCCCAACCCAUGCGCCUCUCCAUCUUUGGUCAUGUUGUCAUCCUCACCGCCUCGACCCUGGAGGCAGAGAAGCUUCUGCUCCCACCGGUGGAUCUCAGCUGUGUCAGUGCUUCAGCCGUGCGUGACGGAGAUGGCUGCGUCUUUGCCCUAGCUUUGGCGGGAAAGUACGACAUUGAGUUGCGAUGCAAAACGGCCCUGCUUUGCGAUCAAUGGCUCAGCUUUUUUCGGGAUCCAGCCGCACACGUGGCCGAGCUCCAGCACAUGCACAAAACGUUCCGCACUAAUCUGGAAUUGGCCGAGCGCACGCGCGCCAGUACCCCCGUCAACACACCCUACCAGGAAUCAGCCAAUCUCUCACUGCUGACCCAUCGCCAAUUUCACCCAGCCACUCGUAAGCCCAAUCAAGCUUGGGGGGGCUGUGGCGGCGACGAAGGAGAUACAGUUGAUGACACUGCCCGCAACAAAGUCAGCAAACCAGCUGCCGAAGCUCUUGACGACGGUUAUAUGCCCGUGGGUGAGGCCUUGGGCGAUGGUAGCGACCGUGGCAGCGACCGCGACAGUGUUAGCGACGUCACAGAGGCACUGGAUUCCAUGGUGAAUCCAGUCGCUGGUGCUCCGAACCUCGAUGGAUCGGGCUGCAUCGACGUCCAUGGUGCCGAAACGGCCAGCCCCUCUUUUGAAGCACAAGCACAACAGGUGGCGGGCACUGCCACUGGCUCCCUGUCCGACUUGGCCGAUGAUCCCUUCAAGCCGCGUGAGCUCGCAUCUGACACCACAGGGGCUCCUCGCACAAGCCACCCACUAGGCCUUACACCGCCCCCCGUCAACACGCGGCCCCGCAUGAACGCACCGAUUGAGUUUAAGGCGGACUUUGAAUCGGCUGACGCCCAGAAGGCUCUGGGUGGGCGAGUCGUGCGCCGGAUUCCCGUCAAGCCUCUCAAACGUGGCAGCAGUACAGAUAUUUUGGGCGUGGCUACCGCCUAG